AUGAACAACAUUUUGAAUGACGGGCUUGUUCGUGAAUCGCGAGGAGUAAACAGACCGGAAGCGCUUUCAUUCUCAGUAUAUAGAGUCUCCGGUCUUCCACCUGCCCGCAGCAUCGAAGAUAUUGCUGGUCUCCUGGAGCGCUCACUUGACACGUCGUCAGAGAAAUCGGGAUUGCAGAUCACCUCUUUGGCGGAAGACUGCUACCAGUCAGAUAGACAGGUAGCCACCCUGACUUUUUCCAAGACGCCGGAGUCACUCCUCCGCGUUAACGACGAAAAUCAAUGGCCCAUAAAGCUUUCAGGCACAGAUUACGACUCGCAAUCUGGGAGAACUGAGGCCCUGAUCUUCGAUACCCACUUUUGCGGCUUGACUCCACUUAAUACAGUAGGGACAACGGCAAACUCCACAGACUGCAUCGUCGUCUGUGGUUUAGGAACCAAUGCCUUCGGUACUUUCAAAGAGAAAGGCGGCUCAUACAUGUGGUUGCGCGACUCCCUACCAAGCGAUCUUCCUAACAUGCGAGUCCUCCUUUACGGCUACAAAUCGGAACUUCGAGAUAGCUGUUCCAAUCAGAACGUGUCAAUAAUAGCAGAUAACCUGGCCGGUCAUUUCAGCAUUUUGCGCCAUCAGUCAAAUGCCAUCAUCAAAUUGAGUCGCGGAACAGAUUCAGAAAAAGAACAAAUCCGGUCGAUUGUCGGAAUGCUGUUCUUUGGUGUACCCAAUCGAGGUAUGGAUAUAGACUCGCUACGCGCCGUUGUCGGCGAUAGACCCAAUCGGUAUCUCCUGGAGUCUAUCGGCAAGAGCUCGGAUUUCCUGCUCGAACAGAACGUCAAUUUUCCACUUGCCUUUCCCUUCAGAGACAGUCCCAUCUUCUCCUUCUUUGAGACCCAGAGCUCGCCGACGGCCUUGGAAGUCGACGGAUUUUGGAAGAUGGCAGGCCCACGGAAACUUCUCGUGGAUCGCUUUUCGGCAACAUACCCACGUCCAUGGGACUCUGACUCGUUCCAUGAGCCAUUUGACCGCACUCACAGUAAUCUUGUCAAGUUCUCUGUUGGAGAUAUCGACUACCAGCGCGUCCUAUUCAAAUUGCGCGAGAUCAGGUCAAAGGCCACCACACUCCUGACAUCGAGAUUCCACGAUCAAGAAUCGCCCAAUGCAUUGAAUCCGGAAGAGGAAGCUUGUCUUAGGUCACUAUCGUUUACACAUAUGCACGCUCGCGAGAGCAACAUUGAGCCAGCGGCGGAAGACACUGGUAAUUGGCUACUAGAGAGCGCCGACUUCCAGAGCUGGGCCCAACAUGAAAGACUAGACGAGCAUCACGGUUUCUUUUGGCUCAAAGGAAACCCAGGAUCAGGCAAAUCGACAUUGAUGAAGAAGACUUAUUCCCAUAUGAAGAGAGAAAUGACUGAUCCCUCAUCAAUAAUCGCGGGGUUCUUCUUCAAUGCUCGUGGUAAUGAGGACGAAAAGUCCUCGGUUGGGCUCUUUCGUACCCUGCUGCAUACCUUAUGUCGACAAAUGUCUGCGCUUCGUACUCUAGUGGUCAGAAACUACUCCGAGAAAACCAGAGUGUUACGUUCUGGCUGGGAAUGGCACCUUGGGGAGUUAAAGGCUCUCCUGAAGUCCGUCGUGACGGCGCCAAUCCUUGGAAACCGCAAUCUUAUUCUCUUCGUUGACGCGCUCGACGAAUGCGACCUAGCCGGUGCAAGGGCAGUCAUUCAAUACUUCGAACAUCUUGCGAAUUCUGCGGUAAAGGAAGGUACUAAGUUCAAUAUCUGUUUGUCCAGUCGCUACUGGCCUCAGUUGACGAUCCGAAUUUGUUUUCACGCUAGAGUAGAAACCCAGAACCAGAACGACAUUGCAGAAUAUAUAGGUCAAAACAUGGUGUUCGCCAAGGAUCGAGGCGGCAGAUCGGACUAUCUGACGGCAUCUGCUAGGCAAAUCAUGGAUAGAGCUUCUGGAAUCUUCUUAUGGGUUGUGUUGGUGGUUGAAGACCUCUUACAUAAAGCCGCCGCUGGUGGGACACUGGCCGACCUUCAGAAGGUGAUUCGAAGAAUACCCUCGGAUCUAGGUGGCUUCUAUCGACACCAACUGCAAAACAUAGAGCCUGAUGACCAGGCGGAAUUGCUGUCACUCCUGCAAUGCGUCUUCUUUUCGCAGAGACCUCUUUCUCUUACGGAGCUUCGAUACGCCUUAGCGUUUGGUAGCGGCACCUUCACAUCGUUUGCGGAUUGGUCCCAGUCGAGCGAAUACGUCGAUGGUGAUGAACAGAUGGAGAAAAGACUCCGCGAACGAUCGAGGGGGCUAAUUGAGGUCAAGACUUUACCGCCAGACGAUUCGUUAUACCGACCUAGGAACUGGCAUCCUCUACAAAGGUUUUUGAGACCAAAGAGUGUCGUUCAAUUCAUUCAUGAGUCCGUGAAGGAUUAUCUCCAGGCCCGUGGCUUUGAUAUCUUGAUUCAGGAUAGACGACACAAUCAGACCGCCCAGGGACACGAGUUUAUGAAAGCGAUCUGUUUGAACUAUCUCAACAGCAGGGAGCUUGUGGUGAUGCCAAUAAUUGAUUCCAGACUGAACACGGAAUUUGCCGUCCAACGUUCGAUGCCAACUCUCUUCGAAGAUUAUCCGUUCGUUGAAUACAUGGUCGAUUUCCUGUUUAUACAUUCAGCACACGCAGAGAAAAAUGGCCUAGGGCAGGAUCAUCUACGAGCAUGUAUAUCUGGUAAUAUUCAAGGAUGUUUCGAGCGCUGGAGAUACCUUUUCGAUUUGGUUUCCAUGAAGAGGGACGAUCGUUCCAUUGUUGGGGGGAUGAACUACCGCUGGGUGCCAAGAAGACAAGGGCUCGAUGCACAACCAAUACAUGUUUUGUCUCAAUAUGGCCUCUUAACACAAGAAUUGGCAAUGAAAGAAGGUGAUACGAAUGUACCUGGAGGUCUAUAUGGCUACGCACUACUUGCAGCUGUUGCUGAGGGACACCAAGCUGCAGUGCAAUUUCUCCUGGAAAGUGGAGCAGAUCCAAAGUUAUACGUCACGGGGCAAGACAUGACCGCAUUUCAAUGGGCAGUACAACGCGGAGACGUGUUUAUGCUGAGACAGCUCCUCAAAGACAACCUAUCACUCAUGAGCAUCGUAGUAAGACUCCGUAUUUUAGAAAGGGCAUAUCAAAGCACAUCACUUUUCUACGGGUGUCUGGAGUUACUUUUACCAGAGACCAGGAUCCCUGAAACAGCGAUGGAUGCAGUCAGUAGGAUAGCUGAACGGGGCGACUCGAAAGUUUUAUCCUUCGUUCUAGACAGGUGCGACCGAUCAGUACUAAACAAGGAGUGGUUAUGGCACGCUUGCAGUGAAAACCCCUUCUCGAGAGGAAGGAUGAUAAAGAUAUUGCUUGAUCGUGGGGGGAGGGUCAAUAUCACGCCUGCACUUCUCUCUGCGCUGAGAAAGACAUUGGACCUUGACGAUGAAGCCAUUUCUUUACUUUUUGAGCGUCCCGAGAUCGAGGUAGAUGAGAGUUUGAUUGACUCUAUAUGCCUGAUCAGGAAUUCGUCUCAGAUAUUUCGCCAACUUGAAGUGGCAAGAAUCGACUUGCCACCAUUCACUCGUCGUCAUCUCUUGUGUGCCCUGGAAAAUGGCUCAGCUGACUCCGUGGCCUUCAUUAUUCAACGUAUAGAUGAUGCAGGGAGCUCCGAUGGAAUGCUGCUAGCAGCAACAAAGCAUAACGAUGAAGAUGGGGAGGUGAUGCGACUUCUGUUGAGCUGGCGAAAUAUUGAUCACGUUGAGGACGACGUAAUGAUCGCUGUCGCGGGUAGCUUCCACUAUGAGUCUUCCCUCAAAGUCCUCGAGGACCGUUUCGGACGUUUGGUUUUCCCAAUGGAAGCCCUAGCUGCCGCGAUACCUCAUCGAUUGCCGCAUGUUGUCAAGUCCGUGCUUGAGAGAUGUGAGAGUUUUGCCCUUACUGAAGGUCUUCUCGUGGCAGCGGUUCGGUUCUCUCCAAGGCCGGAUGAGAAAGUCGCACUUCUUUUAGAGAAUGAUCCCGCCUUCGAUGUGUCAGGAGAAGUGAUCAAGGUAGCAGUCGCCGAUUGGCAUGCAGUAGACAUAUUGGAUCUUCUCCUCCAGCAGGGCAAGCCUAUCCUGCUGACUGAGGAGAUUGUGGAAGCCGCAGCCAGCAAUUAUGACCGAGGACCUGAUGCUCUCCACAUCAUUCUCCAACAGAAUCCUGGCGCACGAAUCACAGAUUCCAUGAUGCAAUCGGCUGUCAAAGCCAGUAGGGGCGCGGCGUUCAUUUCGCUCAUGCUUGCGCAUGAUCCAAAUAUUCGGAUGCGAGAAGAGUGGUUGAUAUCAGCAGCAAUGAAUGAGGGGGACGGAAGCACUAUUUUCGCUCUCCUGCACGAGAGGGGAAAGAUAACCAAUUUGAAUAUGGCUGCAGAUAUUCGUGACACAACUCCAGGCAAGCGGUCUGCUUCUCGGGAACCCCAUCCCCAGAUUACUACAAAGGUCAAGGAUGCGGUAAUGUCAAACCAGAGUGACAAACAAAAACUCCGACUUCAGUCCUUGUUCGAGGAGUGGGGCGCUUUUCGUGGACAGGAGACAUCUCUUUCUCAAUCCAAUGAGCCUAAGGCUAGCGGUGACAAUACAGACCAAGAGAUUCUUCGCAUAUCGGAUCCUGCUGUUUCCAAGUCCAACAGCCAAUCUGCUGGCUCAACGAACAAGAAGGGAAAUCGCCGUCAGCAAGCUGAGGAAGACUCUACUCAACAAGAUCCCUCUGGUAUUGAACACGCCGAAGCGGAUUCACAUCCCCCUCGGCAACGCCGUCAGCGAGCUAAUCUACGAGCUACCCCGAGAGCACGUCAGCCAGGUCAGCCAGCGGUCACCGCUCGCGAGGUAGAGGAGCAAGAGGAAGAGCAGCGAGCAGAGACUUACUCCGAGGCAGGCGGAGAGGGCUGGACUGUGCCUAUAGAAGGAGGAGUAUCUACUCGGCGCGGGCGUGGGAGAGCUAUAUCACGGGGAGAAGAGCGACAGCGAGUUCGGGGGAGGGGGCAAGCAGGGAGAGGUGUGCCUGCCUCGACAGCGACGAGACAAAGACGUCAGCAGGCUCCUCUGCCAGCACGCUUUCGAGACGAUGUGAUGGAUCUAUAA